AAACUAAUCAAAACCCAGUACUCUCUCUCAGACGGAUAUCUCUUUCUCUUUUAAAGAUUUUGGAAAAAUGAGUUUCAGACAAAAAUUAAUGGUGCUUAGCACAAGAGUAAUUUCUGAUAAUUCAUUUCUUCUACAGCAUCAAAAUGAAAUCUCUGUGAGGAAUUAUCAUAAAAUAUCUCAACUUGAGAGUUAUGUGAGGGAUGAGUGUAAGUUGGGAAGGAUUAGGAAACUGGAGGAUGGAUUGAGAUACUUUGAUCAGUUGAUUCUGGAAAGGCCAUUGCCAUCUAAUGAUACAUUUUGUCACGUAUUGAGUUCGCUAUCGAAGAUCAAGUGUUAUUCAGAAGUCAUUGGGUUGUGUAAGAAGAUGAGUUUAGCUGGGGUAGAGCCCAAUAUUUAUAUAUUAAGCAUCUUGAUUAAUUGUUGCUGUCAAUUAGACAAAAUUGAUCAUGGGUUCUGUUUGCUUGGAGAGAUUAUAAAGAGAGGUUAUCAGCCUAAUGUUAUCACUUUCACUACACUGAUUAAAGGGUUGUGUCUUCAAGAUAAGAUUGAUUUUGCAUUCAAGGUGUUUGAUAAAAUGACUCAAAUGGGUAUUCAGCCUAAUGUGGUUACAUGUACUACUCUUAUAUCUAGACUUUGUAGAAUAGGUAAAGUGGGGCCUGCUCUUCAGCUAAAAAACAAGAUGCUUCAAUGGAAUUGUAGACCUGAUGUUGUUUCAUAUAUUGUGCUUAUAGAUACUCUGUGUAAAGGAGGUCUAGUUGAUGAAGCUUUGGUUCUCUUCUCUGAAAUGCUUAGAGAUUCAAAUGUUGUACCCAAUGUAGUCGUUUACAGCUCUUUGAUCAAUGGACUUUGCAAUUCAGGCCGGUUGGAGGAGGCAAAGAGAGUCUUUGACGAGAUGGUUAGUAGAGGAAUCUCUGCCAGUGUAUUAUCAUAUAAUUGUAUGAUUGAUGGUCAUAGUCGGCAUGGUCAAUGGGGGGAAGCAAGAAGAUAUUUUGAUGAAAUGAUGGAUCGAGGGGUUUCACCCGAUACAGUAACCUUCAGUAUAUUAAUAGAUUCACUUUGUAAAGAUGGGAUGACGAAAGAUGCUUGGGGAUUAUUUGAACUGAUGGACAAGGUAAAUGUAGAACCUAAUCAGAUUACUUAUAACUCAAUGAUCGACGGUCUAUGUUUGGCAGGUCGGUUGAAAGAUGCAGUGAAACUGUUUGACUCGAUGGUGGAUAGGGGCCUUCAACCGGAUGUUAUCAGUUAUAAUAUAUUAAUUGGUGGAUAUUGCAAGAGUCGUAAGCUGGAUGAAGCUGUGCAGUUAUUCAAGAAAAUGAAACGAAACGGAUUGAAACCCACCAUAGUUACUUACAACACACUAUUAGCGGGACUAUACCGAGAUGGAAGAAUGAAGACUUCAAAGAAUUUGCUUAUUGAGAUGCAAAGUUUUGGUUUAUCUCCAAAUAUUGUCACAUACAGUACAAUGUUGGAUGGGUACUGCAAAAAUGGAUACAUUGAGAAAGCAAUUGAGCUGUUUAAAUCCUUAGAAGGAACUGGUAUCUCAGCUGAUAUUGGCAUAUACAAUAUUCUUAUUUGUGGUUUUUCUCGGGCUGGCAAGUUGGAAGAUGCAAGGGAACUGUUUAAUGAAAUUCCAAGAAAAGGAUUAGUGCCUGAUGUAGUAACGUAUACCACAAUGAUCGAUGGCCUCUUUCGAAGCAAGAUGUUAUUAGAAGCUAAAAAAUUAAUCAUCGAAAUGGAAGAGAAGGGUUGUUUACCAAAUGCUAUAACAUAUAAUACCAUCAUCACGGGUUUUCUUAUAGCAAAGGAGACUGACAAGGCAUUGCAAUUUCUUGUCAACAUGCGUGGCAAAGAAUUUAUUCCGAGUGAUUCCGUUGUUUCUUUGUUAACACACUCUCUCUCAGCAAAUGAGCUAAAAAAGUUAAUCGGUAAAGCGGGUCCUGCUCUUCAGCUAAAAAAUCAGAUGCUAAAAUGGAAUUGCAGACCUAAUGUUGUUUCAUAUACUGUGCUUAUAGAUACUCUUUGUAAAGGAGGUUUAGUGGAUGAAGCUUUGGUUCUCUUCUCCGAAAUGCUUACAGAUUCAAAUGUUGUACCUGAUGUAGUUGUUUACAGUUCUUUGAUCAAUGGACUUUGCAAUUCAGGCCGAUUGAAUGAGGCAAAAAGAGUCUUUAACAAGAUGGUUAGUAGAGGAAUCUCUGCCAAUGUAAUUUCAUAUAAUUGUAUGAUUGAUGGUCUUUGCCGUCAUGGUCAAUGGGAAGAAGCAAGAAGAUAUUUUGAUGAAAUGAUGGAUCGAGGGGUUUCACCAGAUACAGUAACCUUUAGUAUAUUAAUAGAUGCACAUUGUAAAGAUGGGAUGACAGAAGAUGCUUGUGGAUUAUUUGAAUUGAUGGGCAAGUUAAAUAUAAAACCUGAUCUGUUUACUUAUAGCUCAAUGAUCGACGGUCUAUGUUUGACAGGUCGGCUGCAAGAUGCCGUGAAACUGUUUGAUUCGAUGGUAGAAGAGGGCCUUGAACCGGAUGUUGUCAGUUGCAAUAUAUUAAUUGAUGGGUAUUGCAAAAAUCGUAAGCUGGAUGAAGCUAUGCAGCUAUUCAAGAAAAUGAAACAAAAUGGAUUACAGCCCACAACAGUUACUUACUCUAUGCUGUUAGCAGGCUUAUUCCGGGAUGGAAGAGUUAAGACAGCAGAGAGUUUCUUCAGUGAGAUGCAGUCAUUUGGUCCUUCUCCGGAUGAAAUUACAUAUGUUACAAUGUUAGAUGGGUACUGCAAGAACGGAUUCCGGGAGAAAGCCAUACAAUUGUUUGAAUCCAUAGAGGGUACUGGUAUCUUAGUAAGUGUUGAAAUGUACAGUGUUCUUGUUCCAGGCCGGUAA